AUGCACCCAGUCCUCACAGAGGCCAAGCAAAGAGUUUUUGUCGUGGACUACCUGGCAGAGAGGGUCAAAGACUCCUUCGUGUCAGAGCUAGUGGAAGGAGUCCUGCAGGCUGCCUGGUUCGAGCCCCAUGCGCUCUUUUUCAUCCUGCUGCCGCCCCUGCUUUUCGAGAGCUCGAGCAGCAUGUCGUGGCAUGUGCUGAAGAAAGUACUUGUGUCUUCCUACCUUCUGGCCUGGCCCGGCGUUUUGCUUAACACCGCCCUGACGGGCGCGGCUGUCCGAGGGAUUGUUCAAAUCCACAACCAGCCACCCUCCUGGGAGUCGUCCUUUCUUCUGGGUGCUGUCUUGUCGGCCACAGAUCCGGUGGCCGUGGUCGCGGCUCUGAAGACCCUGGGUGCACCAGCGAAGCUGAGCACGUUGGUAGACGGAGAGAGCCUGGUCAACGAUGGCUCCGCCGUGGUGGUAACUUACGUUUUCAUGGAGUGGGUCAUGGGCUCCCUGGCCCCGGCAUCCGAGAAGUACUGCCCAACCUCGCCGCCGGCCAUCCCGUGCGUGCUGCAGUACUUCGCCCAGGUCGCCUGUGGGGGCACUCUGAUUGGCAUAGCGGCCGGGUGGUUGCUUUACGCCUGGCUUCUCACGGUUCGCUCGCAGCAUGUCCUCAUGCAGACAACUUCGAUUCUGGUUGUGGUCUAUGCCACCUGCUUCAUUGCAGAAGGCUUGGAAACGUCCGGCGUGCUGGCGACCGUUUCGCUGGGCAUCACCUCCACUUUCACCGUGGGAAAGGCGAUCGGGCACGAGGGGCGUCAUGCACACCACAUGGUCCUGAACCAGGUUGCAUACCUCAGCAACCAGAUCAUCUUCUUCAUCGCGGGCAUCAUCACCGCCCGCUUUAUGUUCUUGCAGACCGAUUCGGGCCACGAUUUCCGCUCUGGCAUGGCCUGGGUGGAGCUCGGCCUCAUCUACGUCGUGAUUCACGCCAGCCGUGCCAUCAUGAUUGCUCUCUUCUCCCCGGCCCUGAGGAGGCUGGGCUACGGUCUCAGCCUCAAGGAGGGCAUCAUCCUGGUCGUGGGGGGCUUAAGAGGGGCGGUGGCCCUGGUGAUGGGCCUGAUCAUCUUGGACAACAAGUUUAUUGACAACGACACCAAGCAGAUGAUUGCCUUCCACAUCUCCGGCAUCGUUGUCCUGACCCUCCUUCUCAAUGGCGUGGCCAUUGAGACCAUCUACAACAAGCUGCACGUUUAUCCGGCAAAUCCCUACAACACCAUCUACCUGCGGAAGAUGUUCUCCAAAAUUGAGGACCUAUCGCGACAAACAGGCUCUUAUCUGUUGAGCAAGCAACCGUUCUUCUCGGACGUCAGAUGGCACGGGCUUCUGCGCUGUGUGCCUUGCUUCCGCAACAUCAAGAUUGACGCGAAUGGCAUUCCUUCAUCGUAUGCCAUUGACAAUGUUUCCGCUGUUAUGGGAAUCCUGUCUGUGGAGGCAGACGUCAGCGGUGUGGUGACCACCAUCGGCUCGAAUUUUGAGAAGCGAUGGUUAGAGAGGCGUGGCAGUUGCGCGAAGAUUUUGGCGGACCUGAUGCACAACACCAGCGGCAAACUGCAGCGCAAUGAUUUCAUGGACCACGUCGCUUACAGCUCGGAGGGUGUCUUGCAGCAGGUGGACAGCAGGGCUGGAACCUUCAUCUCGGCUCAGUCGCUUGUGGCGCUGUGUGAGUCAAAGCCAUAUUGCGUCUCGGUGAAGGUGACGUCGAGAGCCCGCUCGCGCAUCUUUGUGGGCCUCAUGACGGAUGCCAAGUGGCCAGAAGAGGAGAUGACAUCGUCGUACAACUACCUCCCAGAGUGCCACAACGUGGCUUGCCUUGACAUCGCCACAGGGGCGCUGCAUAGCGGCUCCGUCAAGCUGGAGGAGCGGCUGUCGGCGGUCCCUCAUGGUGCCAUCGUCACCAUCCUGUCCAACGGCUCGCAGAACUCCCCGAUCACGGAGCUGGUGUUUUCCUGGCAGAAGAAUGGUGCAGUCGAGAGGCAGGUCGUGCGCACAUCGCCAUGGAUGCUGAACCAUGUCUUCCUGGCCAUCCAGUUCCACUCGGUGGACACGCCAGUAUCGAGAUCGAACUCUUUCUUCUCGACGGGAAGCAAACUUCCCAAGGGAGACGUUCCUCCAGGUCUCACAUUGCUCUUCGAGCCGCGCCCGCACGCGGACAGCCAAAGUAUCAACAGCUUCUUCCGGGUGCUGCUCAAUGCUAUCCGCAAAAGCUUCCAGGACAAGUUCGACCACGGUCUCGUCGGAAGUCAGGCCUAUAGCUGGCUCAUGGCAGCCGUGGACGAGGCCACAGACUGCGCGACGCAGGAGCUCAACUCGCGGCAGGUGGAAGAUUUCAUGGAUGAGGAGAUGAAGGCCGUGCAUGCGAAGGCUGGUAGGAGCCUGCUUCUGGACAUCUUGCAGCCCAUCCUGAUCGAGUACUUGUGCCUUCAGAAAUACGUCGGCCACAGCACCAUACUGGAUCGCGUGGCCGAAAAGGUCUCCGCAGCCAAGGCGUUCGCUUACCACACUGCCAAGGCAAAGGUUGAAACACUGUGGGCCUUCAUCGAGACACACGAGGAACUGCUGGGGACUUCGGUUUCCAUCGAACGAUACCCAGCCCUCGUGGAGUGCAUCAACCGAGUCAUCGCCACCGCCCGCGCGGACCUGGUCAUCCUGGCAGAGACGAUGCCCCUACGAUUUUUCUUCAGCAAGCAUGGGAUGGCACUGCGGAUCAUCCUGCACAAUCGCGUGACUCAGCUGUCCCGUGCCGCCAGCAAGGGCUGGAUUACAGAUCAAGAAGCAGAAGUACUAAUUGGUGAGCUUCAGACACGGAUUAGAGAGGCCAACAACUUCUACCCCCGGAGCACUUACAUUCGGCUGACCUGCUUCCGCCGCUGUGGGCCCAAGUUUGGGGCCCAGUUUCAGAAGAAUGCCUGGGACGACUUCGACCUGACCUUGGAGCCCUCCUUCCACCAAAGCCCUUACGUGCCAGAAGAGGUGGCGGAGAGCCCCGACAUCGCGGUCCCGGACAAAGUGUUCCCGCUUUGA